AUGGCGGACGUUCUUACCAAAAUUCCAGAUACGAACUGGGUCCGUCUCGAAAUUGAGCCUGUCCAAGUGAGCCACGACGGAGACGAGACUCUCAACUUUGCUACCGUUCAAUCUGUGGUCCCUGGCGCUCAUGGACUUUACUACCGAGAUGACGGAGAGAGAAAAGCUCUUUUGUUCGACAACAACACCGGCAAGGUUUACCCGCCGCCACAGGGAUGGGAUUCGGUGCCGAUUUUUAUCCAUUUAGCACACGGAUCACGCCACAGCCACGGAACCCACUUUGCCGACUACUCGAAGGCCAACGAAUCGUUCGAAAAAAAUAUUGCGGCCGUCCAGAAACUUUUCGCCGCUGCUGGUCUUGGUGGCAGACGAUCGGAGAAAGUCUACACCGCCAGUAAGACUCGUGCUCGCAGCACGUCGAAGAAGAAUCAACCACGUAGCCAAUUCGAUGCUCAACCUGAGAAUGUGAACAUCAGCGAAGAGAGCGAGGGCAGAGAUUCCGAGAAGGAGAAGAACGAUAGACAGAUGGAGAAGCUCAAGAACAAGUACGAAGAGGUCAAGAUUAGAGCUAAAGAGUUCAAAUCAGACUUGGCUGCUGCUCAGCUCAAGAUCAAGACACUCGAGAAAAAAUUGGAGAGUGUCAAGGAAUCCGGAUAUUUCGAGGAAGAUGGUGACAAGUUCGUCCACAUUGACUCGGAUUGUUACAAGUCUCCAGAUCAUGAUGAGGAAGUCAACAACUUGCACAACGUGAUUGAGGAGCUUCGCGACAAGUUGGGCUUGAUCGAGACAAAGAACAAGGAUCUUUCAAGCAAGUACGCCGAGAGCCAAGAGUAUUUGAAGAAUGCUCAAGACAAGGUCGGAUACUUGGAGAAGCAGUUGAAUUCGGAGACUCACGAUGAGACCAAGACAACUGCUUACCGUUCACUCGAGAUCAAGCUUGGCUUGGCUCAAGCUGCUCUUCGCUCGGCCGAAAUUGAGAAGCAGAACCUUCAAGAGGCUAACUGGAUCACCAGCGAACGCGCUAGCAAGAUCGAGCAGGAGAAUGGAUAUUUAAAGGGAAUCACUGAGCAGUUAAAGGCUCGUGCUGACAGUUCGCAUGUUGAGAAGUUGCUCAAGGAUAGCGAGAAACGCGUCUGGGAAAUCAACGAGGAGAAAAGUAAGCUCGAGUGGCGGCUCGGCGAGCUCUCUCAGUGGUGGAACGAUGCGAAGUGGAAGGUCGGAGAGUUGGAAUCCUCAGUUGCGUUCCAGAGAACUUUGCUUGACACAGCAAAUUCGAAAAUUCAAAGUCUUAACGAUCAGAGCCAGUCCACCCAGAUGACCAUUCCAACCGACGGAUUUACCAUUAGCCAAGGACACAAAGGAAACUGGAACCUUGCCAAUGGAUCAGCACAACAGUUCACCGGAGCCAUUCCUUCAAUCCCACUCGUCUCAGCCCUUCCAUUCGCAGGAGCCAACCCCUUUAUCUUCGGAGGCGCCAAUGAGGGAAGGAAUGUUACCUUGACUAUCGCCAACGCAGACCAUGAAGUCUAUUUGACAGGAUCAUUCAUCAACUGGAAGUGCACUUUGAAGUGCGAGAAGUUGGCCAACGGAAAGAAAGGAGUGACGGUCAAUUUGACGCGUGGAAGACACGAGUUCCGUUUCAUGAUCAACGGCGAAUGGUCAACAUCGACGGACUAUCAACAGGUGCCAAACGGUUUGGGCGGCCAGAACAACGUCAUCUUUGUUGAAUAA